CGCCGCGCGCCCUGCGGACUCGGCGUAGGGGUUGGCGCCGGUUCGGGUCCGGCCGUCGCGGGCUUACGGCGAGUGCGCCCUGCCCGCCCUCUCCGCGGCGCCCCGGCUCCCGUGCGCCGCCGCGGCCCAUGGGGAGAGUCGGCCGGGCAGGCCGGCAUUAAACUGGAAAGAUGUCCCUGUAUGAUGACCUGGGAGUAGAGACCAGUGAUUCAAAAACAGAAGGCUGGUCCAAAAACUUCAAACUUCUGCAGUCCCAGCUUCAGGUGAAGAAGGCGGCCCUCACACAAGCCAAGAGCCAGAGAACAAAACAGAGUACUGUCCUCGCCCCGGUGAUCGACCUAAAGCGUGGUGGCUCUUCAGACGACCGGCAGAUCGUGGACACCCCCCCACACGUGGCGGCUGGCCUGAAGGAUCCUGUUCCCAGUGGAUUUUCUGCAGGAGAAGUUUUGAUUCCUUUAGCUGAUGAAUAUGAUCCUAUGUUUCCUAAUGAUUACGAGAAAGUGGUAAAGCGCCAAAGAGAAGAACGGCAGAGACAGCGGGAGCUGGAAAGACAAAAAGAAAUAGAAGAGAGAGAAAAGAGGCGUAAGGACAGACAUGAAGCUAGUGGGUUUUCGAGGCGACCAGAUCCAGAUUCUGAUGAAGACGAAGAUUAUGAGCGAGAGAGGAGGAAAAGAAGUAUGGGCGGAGCGGCCAUUGCACCACCCACUUCUCUUGUAGAGAAGGACAAAGAGUUACCCCGAGAUUUCCCUUACGAAGAGGACUCAAGACCUCGCUCCCAGUCUUCCAAAGCUGCUAUCCCUCCCCCGGUAUACGAGGAACAAGACAGACCCAGAUCUCCGACCGGACCUGGCAAUUCCUUCCUUGCCAACAUGGGUGGCACGGUAGCACAUAAAAUCAUGCAGAAGUACGGCUUCCGGGAAGGCCAGGGUCUCGGCAAGCACGAGCAAGGGCUGAGCACCGCACUGUCGGUGGAGAAGACCAGCAAGCGAGGAGGCAAGAUCAUUGUGGGCGACGCCACAGAGAAAGACGCAUCCAAGAAGUCGGAUUCCAAUCCAUUAACUGAAAUACUUAAGUGUCCUACCAAAGUGGUCCUCCUACGGAACAUGGUUGGUGCGGGAGAGGUAGAUGAAGACUUGGAAGCUGAAACCAAGGAAGAGUGUGAAAAAUAUGGCAAAGUUGGGAAAUGUGUGAUAUUUGAAAUUCCUGGUGCCCCUGAUGAUGAAGCAGUACGAAUAUUUUUAGAAUUUGAGAGGGUUGAAUCAGCAAUUAAAGCUGUUGUUGAUCUGAAUGGGAGGUAUUUUGGUGGACGGGUGGUAAAAGCAUGUUUCUACAAUUUGGAUAAGUUCAGGGUCUUGGAUUUGGCGGAACAAGUUUGAUUUUAAGAACUACAGCACGAGUUAUCUUCGAUGGCCCUUACAUGAGCUGCCGGCUGAGCGGAGAAGAAACAGGCGACAGCCAGCCUGUGUGGCUGCUGGGUACAGAGACUCUUGGAAGGACUUCUGAGAUAUAUGUUGAUUGAUCCCUUUUUUAUUUUGUGGUUUUUUAAAUAUAGUAUAAAAAUCCUUUAAAAAAAAAAACACAAUCUGUGUGCCUCUCUGGUUGUUUCUCUUUUUACCACUUCUAAGGUGAUUACGUUUUUUUGCUAGGAUUUCAUGAUAAUUCUCAAGUGCUUCAGUGAGACAGCAUUUCUUGCACUAAAAAUAUCUAGAACGUUUUGGGAUAUGGGGUUGUAUUGUUACCCUUUUCUUUCUUUUUUGAUUCAUUUUAAUAAAACCUGCAAGUUCCUAAA